CCGAUAAAAACACGUGGGGUCACUGGGAGAUAAACCAGUCUCAAAUAUCCAUGGCCUCUUCUGCUACCAUUUCAUCGCCACAACCAGAAGCAGAAGCAGGACCAGCAAAGGUUCAUGCAUCUCAAGUUUCAAGCAUCAAAGUUUUUGCAGAAUCCAACGGCGCUUCUCUCAUCCCUUCCACCUACCACUCUAUCACAGACCUCCAUCAUGAUGACGCCACACACGACCUUGCGCCUUCCAUCCCAGUCAUCGACUUCUCUCUCCUCACUUCACACCACCACCACGUCAAAGCCUUGCACCAACUUGGCAUGGCAUGUGCAAACUGGGGUUUCUUCAUGCUCACAAAUCAUGGAAUUCCCGAGAACCUGAUGGAAGAGUUGAUGAACAAGUCUCACGAGUUUCAUGAUUUGCCGAUGGAGGAAAAGAAGGAGUUUGCUGACAAUGAUCCUUUAUCCCCCAUCAGGCAUGGCACCAGCUUUUGUCCUCAAGCAGAAAAUGUUCAUUAUUGGAGAGAUUAUCUCAAGACCCUCACAUUUCCUCAAUUCAACUUCCCCCACAAACCACCAGGUUAUAGGGAGGUUGCAUAUGAUUAUAGCCAUAAAAUCAGGGCUGUGGCAAGGAAGUUGCUUGAAGGAAUAUCUGAGAGUUUGGGAUUAGAAUCCAAUUCCAUAAUUGAGUCCACUGGUUUUGACUCUGGCCUUCAGCUCUUCGUUGUGAACCUGUAUCCACCGUGUCCACAGCCACACCUUGCUCUGGGGAUGCCUUCACAUUCUGAUCUAGGCUUAUUGACCCUCUUGAUGCAGAAUGGAAUUGGAGGGCUUCAGGUUAAGCAUGAUGGAAAAUGGGUCAACAUCAAUCCCCUUCCCAACUGCCUAAUUGUCUUGCUUGGAGAUCAGCUUGAGGUUUUGAGUAAUGGGAAGUACCCGAGUGUGUUGCACCGAGCAAUCCUCAACAAUGCAGACACUAGGAUUAGUGUUGUGUUGUCGAAUGGACCUGCGCUAGAUAAGGAAAUUGGACCUGUGGUGGAGCUUUUGGAUAAAGAAAAACCAUUGUUCAAAAGUAUGAAAUACCGGGACUAUUUUCAAGUUAAGCAGAAGACACGAUUAUCUGAUAAAUGUAGCUUGGACGAGAUUCGCCUUCAUGCUCAACAAUGAAACUCGUAUCUAUCCGGGUUUGGUUUGCUCCUUUGAACUACACGGGAUGGAAACUACCGCAGUUUAAUGAUAUGAAUAUGGUUUAUGUUAAUUAAUGGUAUGCAUGUGUUGUGUGAUGAUAAUGUUCAUGGAUUUGGUUUGUGUUCUUUAAUAUGAGGUACGAUUACAUUACGUGCUGCUAAUUGAUAGUGUUACUUAAUUGAAAGUGGAAAAAGA